AUGUCCGCCGAGAAAACCAAUACCGCUUUCUACAACCUCGCUCCACUCGACAAGAACGGAGAGCCUUUCCCCUUCAAGCAGCUUGAGGGCAAGGUCGUGCUCAUCGUGAACGUCGCCUCCAAGUGUGGCUUUACUCCCCAAUACAAGGGCCUUGAGGAGGUCUACCAGAAGUACAAGGAUCAGGGAUUCACCAUCAUCGGCUUCCCCUGCAACCAGUUUGGUGGCCAAGAGCCUGGUUCCGCUGACGAGAUCUCCUCCUUCUGUCAGCUGAACUACGGCGUCACUUUCCCCGUUCUUCAGAAGAUCAACGUCAACGGCAACGACGCCGACCCCGUCUACGUCUACCUGAAGGAGCAGAAGGCUGGUCUGCUGGGCUUCCGAGGAAUCAAGUGGAACUUUGAGAAGUUCCUGGUUGAUAAGCACGGUAACGUCGUCGACCGAUAUGCUUCCCUCAAGACCCCCGCCGGCCUCGAAUCCACCAUCGAGACCCUCCUCAAAAAGCCCUAA